GACGCAGUGCGCAUCGACGCGAGAGGCGGCUGCCCUUGGUAUCGCCACGCGACGUCGCGGUGGCACCGCUGUCGAAGCAUGCGGCUGUCCGCCGUGACGCUAUGCAUCGUGGGCGUGGCUGCCCGCGGCCGCCGCCGCCGCAUCCCGUACGAGAAGAAGGUGCACGUCCAGCCGCCGCCGCUACCGCAUGACGACGGUACGCCGUGGGGCUGCGGACCGAUGCCCAGCAACAGCACGUCAUAUUACCUGCGCGACUUACUGCAGAACUGGAUCGCGAAGCAACAAUUUCAGCGGAGGCACACGGUGUACCAAGGUGGAGGUAGGUCUGUGGUGGUGAUGGCGAAGCGGCACGGUCUAGGGAACCGACUGAACAAUGUGAUCGGGGGCUUCAUGCUCGCGCUGGCGACAGGACGAGCAUUGGUCAUAAACUGGCCGCCGUCCGCGUGUCGGAACAAGCGGAACUGCGACCCUACGUCCAUCGAUGAUUUAUUCGACCCGCCCGUCGGCGUGAAGUGGGGGAGGAUGCAAGGCUGGAACAAGGACCUGGACGCAAUGUGCGCGAACGGGCCCUUCGUGAUCAGUCAAAACGGCCACGACGCCGUCCAGCAGGUGUUGGAUAUGGACCUGGGGAAUUAUCACGAGCAACCGAAGAUGGUCUGCGCGGUCUGUGAUCGGAGCUGGUCCUACGGCGUGAGUUGCAACCCUUUAUUGCGGUGCGCGAUGCCGACGCCGUGGUACGUCUACGGGCUCCUGCAGCGGUGGCUCUUACGACCGAAGCGGGCCGUCGUCAACAGGGUGCGACAGACGCUCGCGAACCACACGUGCGCCGUGGGCGUCCACCUCCGCAAGGCGGACAACAGUAAGACGAAGUGGGCCACGGAGGAGUUGUUACGGGAGACCUACGCUUCCGCCCUAAAACGGCGGCCCGAGUUUAAGAACGGAGACCUGCGCUACGGCAUCUACGUGGCGGCCGACGGCGAGUCGACGCAGACGAAGAAGCGUAUUGAAGCGUUCGCGCGGUCCGUCGGCGCGCCUUUGUUGGAGCGCGCGGCGCGCUUCAAGGCCUCCCGAGAUUCCGUGCGCGCCAUGCAGGACGCGCUGGCCGAAAACUACGUCUUGUCGUCGUGCGUCGAGAUCCUGCCGCGCGGCUCGGGCGCGUCGACGUUCCACGAUCUGGCCGUGGCACGGGCGGCCUUCGAGCAGGGCUGGGAACAAACUCGCGUCGACGCCUUCGUGCACAAGUCGGAGCCCUCGGACCACGCCUUGGUGCCGGCGCGCUGCCCGCCGCGGACGGGCGAGACGGCCGACGCCGUCACGCGGUGCCCCUGUUUGUCGAACGAGACGAGCUACCGGGACCGCGUCGCGCCGUGGCCCGGGCCCGAUCUGGUCUGGGCCCACCCCUGGCGCGACCCCUACGAGAACAGCACGCGGUCGGCGCGCAUGCGCCUCGUCAAGGAGCGGAUCCGGGCGCGCCGCGAGGCGCGGGACGCGGCGCGCAUGUCGAGCAUCGCGGGGGCGGGCGUCGCGGGGACGCACGGGACGUUUUGAGUUUUUAAGUUUCUGUA